GGCGACGUGUGGAUUGUUUACACGGCGUCUCCCGCCAGCCUGGACGCGUCUCUCGGUCAGAUUUCCGUCAUAAAGACGACUUUGCCGACGACGAGGACGAUGAUGGAGGCGUUGUGAGAGCCACGUCGGCCUCCCCGGCAGCCAAGACCCGUGAGGAGACGAGUGUUGAGGUGACCUGGGCACCAGAGAGCGGCGGCUCCUCCUGCCUCAGCCUUCACCGUCCCAGCUGACGGAGGAAAUGGACGUGGUACUUCCAGUGUUUCAGCUGCUGUAUUUUGUGGCUCACUUCCUGGUCAGCCUGGCCCUCUCUGUGAUCGACACCUUUCAUGACCUUCAUCGUCUGUUGCUGCGUCUCUGCUCCUUCUUGGCCCCAACUCUCAUUCCUGCAUGUCGUCUGCAGGCAGACGCCGCUCAGCUCAAGAAGGUACCGCAACACCUUGGUCUGAUAUUAGUUGCGCAUCAGACACACCAAAUAUCCCAGUUGUCGACUGUCAUCUCCUGGGCCGUCGCGUAUGGUGUUCGCUUCGUGUCGCUAUAUGAUGCUCAUGGCAUUUUGAAACGCAACAAGCCAGUGAUCUUGAAGGCUCUUGAGGAAAGUAACUCUGACAUUAUGUAUAAUGUUCUCUCUUAUGACCAGGACUGCAAGCCGGAGAAAGACACGGUGGCUGGCAAGUGUGUCAAGACGGACACCACAACUGUACAUCAAGAGGUAACAGUCAAUCUUUUGAGUCAGGAAGACAGCAGAGGAAACUUGGCGAGUGUAGCCAAAAGGUUGUCAAAAACGGGUUGCAAGAUAACUGCAUCAACAAUAGAGUCACACUUGGUGACGAACGGUCAACCCGACCCAGACGUCGUUAUCACUGUAGGAGAAACAUUUGCCACUUUUGCUUUCCUUCCAUGGCAGAUUAGACUUGCUGAAUUUUUUGUCACAUCCUCUUUAAGUAGGUUUGAAUAUAGUGAUUUCCAAACUAUCCUGAAAAAAUACUCUAGAUGUGAACAAAGAUUAGGGAAGUAGAAGUUUGGUUUGCAAAUAUUAUGUAGUGUACUUAAGAAGUCAACUCAGGUCAUCUUAGACACGUAACCACAGUAUAUGCGACCUUCCAUGUCAGUAGACCACUCACAUAUGUUUGUGUUUUUAAGUAUGUUGAGCGAGAGUUAAUGAUGGUCGAUUCAUUCGAUCUCACUGUAGUUGCAGUUGUGCAGCAACGAAAAGUAGUCGUUUAAUAUUUUCCUGCUCAUGCGUCAUCAUUCCAUCCUGUGUAUUUAGGUUACUGGUGCAUAGUUUCUAAUGGCUGUACGAACUGACACGCCAAACGAAAAUAAUUUGUCUGGUUGUCGUAGCCACGAUCAGUAUCUAACGACAAUUCAAGAAUUGUAGUUCUCUCUCUAUAGCAUUAAAUUUUGUAGCAAGUUCCUGUUAACAGGAUGUGAAUCUUACUUAAAGUCAAAGAUUGCCCCACUAACACUUGCUGCAGCUUAUCAGUCUGUGAUCAAACUAUUCGAGUCUUCCCCCCUGACUAAUGGGACGCAACAUGCAUCUCUGUGGACAAAAUAAAGAUAUAAAGAAUGCGGUUACAUAAACCACACAUUAUAUUUUUGCAUUUGGCUGUAGUUGCAGUUUGCUCUGCAAAUUUGACCGUGUUGUAGGGUGUGUAGGGGUUAAGUUGCGGUCUACUCUGUGAGAUGACCGUGUUGUAGGGUGUAGAGGUUAGGUUGCAGUCCACUCUGUGAGUUGACCGUGUUGUAGGGUGUGUAGUGGAUAAGUUGCAGUCCACACUGCAAGUUGACCAAGUUGUAGGGUGUGUAGGGGUUUAAAAAAAAAAGUGAUAGUCUCUCAUCAAUAACAAUUCAAAAUUAUGUUACAAGAAGGUGUGGCGGAAAUGCGGGAUAAAUCUACAGCCACAAAGUGACGUUAUCUGUAGCCCCUAAGUACAUUUGGUAUGCCCAAAAUGGUAUAUUUAUUUUGCUAUGUGUGUGUGUGUGUACAAUAUGAAAAAGACAGAUAAGACGAACCAUUUGGCAUCAUCAACUGGGAUUUUGACUAGAAAGCAUGAAUUUUUGUAUGCUUUUUAAGGUGUGAGAGGUUCUUCUGUAUGUGCCGUUGCCAUCAGUAUUCUCAAGGGAACAAAGAAAUAAAUGGUUUUGAAAAUUUGCACGCUAAAUUUCUUUCCGAGUUUAAACUCCACAUUUUUGCCGAAGUUUGCACAAUAUUCAUUCGGCAGAGAUAAAUAUUUGUUUUUUGUUUUUAUUGCUCUGAUGAUAAUUUUGUGCUUGUAUACUUUUCAGUAUGAAGUAAUUAAGUCUGAAAGCUCAGCAAGUUCAUUGUUGAUCUAUUAAUUCCUCCAUCAUUACCCUACUACCUCACUCGCUCUAGAAACUCCAGUUUUGAGCAGUCAUGGUGGGUAAGCCUCUUGCUGCCCCAUCAAGCGCACCCCUCGGCCUCCUUGCUUGCCCCAUCAAAUGCACCCCUCGGCCUCCUUGCUGCCCCAUCAAACGCACCCCUCGACCUCCUUGCUUGCCCCAUCAAACGCGCCCCUCGGCCUCCUUGCUUGUCCCAUCAAGCGCACCCCUCGGCCUCCUUGCUGCCCCAUCAAACGCACCCCUCGACCUCCUUGCUUGCCCCAUCAAACGCGCCCCUCGGCCUCUUUGCUUGCCCCAUCAAGCGCACCCCUCGGCCUCCUUGCUUGCCCCAUCAAAUGCACCCCUCGGCCUCCUUGCUGCCCCAUCAAACGCACCCCUCGACCUCCUUGCUUGCCCCAUCAAACGCGCCCCUCGGCCUCCUUGCUUGCCCCAUCAAGCGUGUCCCUCGGCCUCCUUGCUGCCCCCAUCAAACUCGCCCCCUUGGCUCUCUUGGCUGUGGACACGGUGGUCAACUCCACCAGAUACACGCUCACCAUUUCUCUUAUUUGUUUAUAUACAAAGAAGGUACAGUAUCUGAUUUAUGAUUUUCCCACUGUGUUUUGUGGCAUAGGGCUCUUCCCUCCCCACAGCUCAUCUUAAGCCAUAUCCUACCAGUUUUCCCAGAACAUGAUCUGCUAAUCAAUUUACACCUAGGUCCCUAAUUGCAGUUGGAUGAUGAAGGGAACAGUUUAUGGAUCGGUGGUGAGCCAUUACUCCCGGUGUUGGGUUUGAGCUCCUGUGUCAUACUUUAUUCAAAAGUAGAACAAUGAAACACCUAACUUCAUCAUCAUAUAGUAUCCAGCCUUGUGCUACUAGCUCAGCCAGUGUUGUACUCUGGAAAUGCAACAUCAUCUCUCUAAUUUAUUUUAUCGCCAAUUUAUUCUCGCAUAGUAAUUGCAGUCCCCGUGGUGCAGUGGUAAAACACUGGCUCGGCGCUUCAUGAGCGCAUUGGCCUGGGUUGGCAUCCUGGCCGGAGAAGAUUUAUUGGGUGCCAAUCCUUUACUGUACACCCAGCAGUGUAUGGGUACCUGGUUGUUACACGAUUUGGCGAGUCGUUUACCGUGGAAAAUUAGGGUUAAUGACCUGCCCGAAAAGCAACGCGUGCUAGUGGCUUUACAAGAAUGUAAGAACUCUUGUACAGUAUAUAUAAAUGUGAAUUCAAAUUCUACUAUCUUUACAUUUAUUUUUUAUUAAAUUUUAAUUAUUUCACCUAGUUUUAAUUUCACAGCACAUUCUAGUUUUAACUUGAGAAUCUGCCCAGAAUGCUGUACGUGUUAGUGGCUUUGCAACAAUGUGCCACUUAAUCGCCAACAUGUACUUUCUCAACCCAUUGUACCUUCUUAUAUAUAUAUAGGUAAAUAAGGGAUGAUUGGGCAUCGAUCCUUAAUUAUUUGUUCUUCUGAAAGAUAUUUAAUUUCUUCUUGUAUGAGGUUUAUCUGCCAGCUUCUCUUGCAUUGGAAUGAGGUGCCACAGGCACAGUUGGAAAACGCUGUACGAAUAUCAACGUCUCGUGGCUCUUCAACCUUCUUUCACCAAGUAGGAGAACUUUUUUAGGAAGAAAAUCAAGCUUAUUUUUUUCCAGUAGGCAUUUGGACACAUACCAGCUAGAUGUGCUGUCUCAGCUGGAGUAUAUUGGAAAAUGUGGGCCUCCCUGCAGGCUGUUGAUGGAGCAAGUUAUUACCAUACAAGCUUGUCCCCAUGCUGGGGACAAGCUUGUGACUUGCGAUCACAAGCUGGACUUGUGAUCCUGUGGUCCUGGGUUCGAUCCCAGGCGCCGGCGAGAAACAAUGGGCAGAGUUUCUUUCAUCCUAUGCCCCUGUUACCUAGCAGUAAAAUAGGUACCUGGGUGUUAGUCAGCUGUCACGGGCUGCUUCCUGGGGGUGGAGGCCUGGUCGAGGACCGGGCUGCGGGGACACUAAAGCCCCGAAAUCAUCUCAAGAUAACCUCAAGAUGCUGGGCUUUGAAAGUAUAACAAAGUAUAAAGUAUAACAAUUAUGAAGGCAGAUCACAGGUAAAGACUCUUGUAGGAGUUGUUGCAACGAGGCAUCUAGAAUUGUAUUAUUACUUUCCUUUACAUUUAAAAUGUAAUUGUGUUUAUUAUUUAUUUAAAAUAUUAAGUAGUAGUUUUAAAAUCAUUUGUUGUUUAAUACACUCUCGAUGGGUUGUGGCUGUAAACUAAUUAUAUUUGUGCAUGCGAGACCAAUAACCAAUUAUUUAUAAUAUUAUGAUUAUUUUAUUGGAAAACAAUUAAGUGCUGAUUAUACAGCACUCUUCAUAUCCGUAAUUAUAAGUAAAUUUUUGCACUUUACAAGAUAAUUUGCUUACAAGUGUCUUGCUGGUGCACACUUGUAAGACUGGUGCAGGUACUCUCAACGAUACACUGUAGAAGACUGGUGUAGGUACUCUCAACAAUACACUGUAGAAGACUGGUGUAGGUACUCUCAACGAUACACUGUAGAAGACUGGUGUAGGUACUCUCAACGAUACACUGUAGAAGACUGGUGUAGGUACUCUCAACGAUACACUGUAGAAGACUGGUGUAGGUACUCUCAACAAUACACUGUAGAAGACUGGUGUAGGUACUCUCAACGAUACACUGUAGAAGACUGGUGUAGGUACUCCAAUACACUGUACUUGACUUGUGUAGGUACUCAACGAUACACUGUAGAAGACUGGUGGAGGUACU